UUCAUCAUGGCGUUACUGGAUGGACCGUUAAACGUGCUCGGACAGAGGAGUACCGGCGAGUCCGUCCGCACUCAGAAUGUGAUGGCGGCGGCGUCCAUCGCCAACAUCGUGAAGAGCUCGCUGGGUCCUGUGGGUCUCGACAAGAUGUUGGUCGACGACAUUGGCGACGUGACCAUUACCAACGACGGCGCCACCAUUCUGAAGCUGCUGGAGGUGGAGCAUCCCGCAGCCAAGGUGCUCUGUGAGCUAGCAGACCUGCAGGACAAAGAGGUCGGAGAUGGGACCACGUCUGUGGUGAUCAUUGCUGCAGAGCUGCUGAAAAGCGCCGACGAACUGGUGAAGCAGAGGAUCCAUCCGACCUCCGUCAUUAGUGGCUACCGACUCGCCUGCAAGGAGGCCGUGCGUUACAUCAAUGAGAAUCUGACCAUAGGAACAGACGAUCUGGGCAGAGAGUGUCUGGUUAAUGCUGCCAAAACCUCCAUGUCCUCCAAGAUCAUCGGAGUUGAUGCCGAUUUCUUUGCCGACAUGGUGGUGGAUGCCGCCGUGGCGGUUAAGUUUGUAGAUGCUAAAGGUGUGGCCCGUUACCCUAUCAACUCCGUGAACGUCCUGAAGGCUCACGGCCGCAGCCAGAAGGAGAGCGUCCUGAUCAACGGCUACGCCCUGAACUGCACCGUCGGCUCACAGGGAAUGGUGAAGCGGGUACAGAACGCUAAGAUCGCCUGUCUGGACUUCAGCCUGCAGAAGACCAAGAUGAAGAUGGGCGUUCAGGUGGUCAUCAACGACCCUGAGAAGCUGGACCAGAUCAGACAGAGAGAAUCAGACAUCACCAAGGAGCGCAUCCAGAAGAUCCUGGCGGCCGGAGCCACGGUCGUCCUGACCACCGGAGGCAUAGACGACAUGUGCCUGAAGUAUUUCGUGGAUGCCGGAGCCAUGGCGGUGCGCCGCGUGCUGAAGAGGGAUCUUAAACGUAUCGCCAAGGCAGCCGGCGCCACGAUCUGCUCGUCACUGACCAAUCUGGAGGGAGAGGAGUCGUUCGAGGCGGCCAUGCUGGGUCAGGCCGAGGAAGUGGUGCAGGAGAGAGUGUGUGACGACGAGCUCAUUCUCGUCAAGAAUACGAAGGCCAGGACGUCGGCCUCUAUAAUCCUGCGAGGCGCCAACGACUUCAUGUGUGACGAGAUGGAGCGAUCGCUGCACGAUGCUCUGUGUGUGGUCAAGCGGGUGCUGGAGUCCAAAUCCGUCGUUCCAGGAGGAGGCGCCGUGGAGGCCGCACUCUCCAUCUACCUGGAGAACUACGCCACCAGCAUGGGUUCCCGGGAGCAGCUGGCUAUAGCAGAGUUCGCCCGUUCGUUGCUGGUUAUCCCAAAAACGCUGGCGGUGAACGCUGCACAGGACUCCACCGACCUGGUGGCCAAACUCCGAGCGUUCCACAACGAAGCUCAGGUCAACCCGGAACGCAAGAACCUCAAAUGGAUCGGUUUGGACCUGGUGAACGGAAAGCCGAGAGACAACAAGCAAGCCGGCGUGUACGAGCCCACCAUGGUCAAAACCAAGAGUCUGAAAUUCGCCACCGAGGCGGCGAUCACCAUCCUGCGUAUCGACGACCUGAUCAAACUCUUCCCCGAACCUAAAGAGGGUGGGCCUUCUUACCAGGAUGCUGUCCAGUCCGGAUCCCUGGAGGGGUAAAGCCGUCCUCCUCCUCUUGCUGUCCGUAUUUAUGAACACCCCAUAAUAUUAGCGGUUGUAGAUUAGCCCAUGCACUUAGCCUGUUUGUUUUUGCUACUGCAGCAACACGACUUGCUGAUAAAUGAACUGUAUGAUUGAUGAUCUGUGGUUCUGUUUGAGGAAAUAAACACGAAUGGUUGUGACUCCA